GGUCAAGCUCGCUUCCCCAGAAAUACAAAACCAGGGACCGGUUUUCAGCUUUUUGCGGAAUGCUACCUUCGAUAUGGAUCGGAUAAUCUGGAUGAUUUAGUACUACUGUGCAAGGAAUAACAAGGCUCCCGAAAACGGUCAAAAUGUCAUCAUCAGGUGUGAAGGUUUCUAUUAUAAGUACUAGUAAUAGUAACAAUGAAACUAGUAGUAUUACUGUAUCAUCAGUCAGAAGAACUGGAAACUCCAUAUUUAGUCAUAAAAACCUGGUACAAGAUGAAAAACUUGUGGCAGCAACUCUAGCAUCUUUGAAAGAUCAUCUUGAUCCUAGUAAGAUCAUUAAAGAAGAGUUGAAAUGGUUGAUACAAUCAAGACGUGUAGCUGAAGGAAAAGAAGCAUUAAAAGUUGAAUUCAUUCCACCAAGAAAAAAUGAGAUGACACCAGAUGAAAUUGAAAGGGCUCAGAAAAGAAAAGAACAGAAUCGAUUAGCAGCCAGAAGAUUUAGAAGAAAACAAAGGGAUACAAAUGUUUACCUUUUAUCUAAAACCAAACAAUUAGAAUCUUCCAAUAAGAAUUUAAAGAAUGAAAUGGGAAAUCUUCAAAGAGAAAAACAUAAACUAUAUGACUUAUUAACUAAACAUGUUCCAUUAUGUCGGAGUCAGUCUCAGAAAGAGGAAUUAAAGUGUGCUUUAGACAGAAUGUUUAGUUCUAGUUCAAGCCAAUCCUGAUGAAAUUCAUUGUGUACAUGUUUGUGCUCUGUGCUGUUCGUUAUGGCUGCUUCUGAAUUGGUGUCAUUUGUGUGUUGCUUUCUAGCAAUUUGUCUUGUGUUUUGUAUCAAAAUGGCUUCCAGAAAGAGUGGUGUCUGUGAACUGAAGUAGAUGGAGAAUGUUGAGAAUUCUGGUCAAGGGGAGAUAAUCAAGAUUUUAUUUUGGGGUCAAUUGGUUUCUCAUCUUUAAUUGUUGUUUAUAAUUACAGAUAUGAUGGGUCUCAUUUUGACCUUGAUCUGCAAUCAUUUUUUAAUUCUUAUCUUUAAUUGUUUCAUCAUGCAUUUUGGCUGU